AUGAAACCCAAACCCAAACCCAACUCCACCGGUGGUGAGGUGUUUAUGGUGGAAGAACAAGAUACAGUUCCCGAUGAUUCCGAUGCCUCGCUUUCACUUGUUUUUAAUUAUGAAAAACUUGUUCAAGAUCGUAGCAAAAUGCAUAAAUUGAAUGGAUAUUAUAUUGGAGCGUCCAAUAACUUUGUGAGAGUCUUUACUUUGAAUGGACGAAAAUACUGGAUUGCUCAAGCACUUUGUAAUCAUCGGGCACCCGAUUACAAGAUUCACUUCUCGGUAGUACCUCAGGAUGUUCCGAAAGCAUUCCAAUGCAUUGCAAAACAUUUCUAUCAACGGAAAUUGAAAUUUGGAAUGAAAGCCAUCAUGAUUGAUAAAGAAACGGAGAAUAAAAGCAUGAUGAAUGAUCAGUUUAAAUGGGAUACUCAUGCCGGUGGUGAGAAGUCAUUUACACUGGAAUGGCCUCAGUCGAUGAGAGGAAGAGAGAUUACAUUGUACAUUUAUAGAUAUUAUGAAAUUGAAAAAUUGAAACAAGUGAGAGAAUUUUCAUGUAGUCAUGAGGAAUGUGAUCAUGAUGUGAUGAACAAUCAAUUCAUAUCCAUUAAUGAAUAUUCAAUUCAUGAAGUGAAUGGCAAAUAUCACCAUUCCCAUUUCAUGGAAUUUACUUCACACCCUUUCAAACAAUUUGAGUUGACGAGAGAGGAUGAGGAAUCAUUGAGCUUUUUAAGAAAAUGGGUGUUUGAGGUUGAAGAAAUUUUGGAGAGGGAGAAUAUUCAAAGUAAUGGUUGUGCGGACGGUGAUUUACCACUUGGCUUAAAAUAUGCCUCGUUCAGAAAUGAAUCAUUUAUUCCAGUGGUGAUUCAAGACAACAAUCGUAGUGACAGUGAUAGUCAUGUCACAUCGUCGAAUGGAGUGAACGAAUUAUUUAGAUAUCCACCAAAUUAUGCAGGAUGGAAUGCUGCAAAUUAUGAAGAGGCUGAGUCGUUAGCAGAAAACUUUAAAAAUACGACCAUGAAUCGUUUCAGUGCCAUGUUGUGCGACUAUUCGCCAUUUGUUUUGUUCUUUCUCAUUCCAGUAACAAUUGGAGUGAUUACGAACCAUUGA